AUUGUACAAAAUGUGGUUGUUUAGAUUAUUUCUUAAGCUGGUAAAAUUGGAUAUCGAUAAGAAUUAUGAAGUAAAAUCACCUGAAGAUAUUAUAGAUAAUCCUAAUAUAACGAUAAGACAAGCAAAUGACAGCGAUCACGAGAGAAUUGUUGAUUUAUUUCUACAAGGUUUCAGUGGUAAAUGGAAAUAUACAUUUAGAGAAGACGAAAUGGAUGAAGUUAAAAAAUUAUUCCUUCACGAAUUUAGAGCUGAUACAACAAUAAUUCCAAAUACAUUAGUUGCAGAAGAAAAAGGCAAAGUAGUUGGAAUUUGUCAAAUGAAAUAUCCAAACAUUACACCAAUGAAUUAUGACAAAUACUAUGCUAAAUUGUCAAUUAGAUCUUUAUUUAUUGCUUUACUCUCAAGUGGAAUGUUGGAAUAUUUGUCUAAAAUGAAAGAGAAUGAAUGCCUGCUUAAUAUUUUAUCAGUUGAUCCAGAAUGUAGAGGUAAAGGAAUUGGUAAAAUUCUCUUAAAUUCUGCUGAUAAAGAAGCAAAGAGAAGAGGAUUUAAUAAUAUCUUUUUAAUUGUUGCUCGUGAAAAUGAGGGAGCUAAAAGGUUGUAUGAAAAUUGGGGUUACAUUGCAACUACAGCCUAUUAUAGUAGAAAAAUAUUCAUAUUUGGAGAAACAAUUGGACCACUACAAAUACAACUUGAAACAAUAGAAAAGAUUGAAAAUGUUUCUCAAGGUAUCCAAAAGAAUGUUAAUUAUCAACCUAAUCCUUAUCAUAAUGGUUGUCCUGCUCUUCCAUCUAUUUCUUAUCCUAAUGGUUAUCCUCCUCCUCAAGCUAGUCCUCGUCCCAUUGGCUUUCCUGUUCCUCAACCUAAUCCUCAUCCUAUUGGUUUUUCUGUUCCUCAAGCUAAUCCUUAUCCCAAUAAUUGGCUUGUUCCUCAACCUAUUUCUUAUCCUAAUGGUUAUCCUCCUCCUCAAGCUAGUCCUCAUCCCAUUGGCUUUCCUGUUCCUCAACCUAAUCCUCAUCCCAUUGGUUUUUCAGUCCCUCAAGCUAAUCCUUAUCCCAAUAAUUGGCUUGUUCCUCAACCAAACCCUUAUCCCAAUGGUUGUCCUGCUCAUCCACCUAAUCCUAAUGGUUAUCCUGCUCUUCAACCUAAUCCUUUCUCCACCAGUUAUCCCGCCCCUCAACCUAGGCUUUGUCCAAGUGCUCCUUAUCCUAACUCUUAA